AUGGACGCCCUGCUCGACCAGCACUUCCAGCGCGUCGAGACCGCCCUCAACACCCUGAUCGACUCCAUCGCCUCCUACAACCCCUCGCAGCAGGCCGUAGUCGACCUAGUCGCCGCCGACGAUGAGCUCAGCCGCGGUCUCGAACAGCGUGCGCCUGCCUCGGAGAGCUCCCCACACUGCUCUGCUGACAUCAUUCGCCCAGUUGCCGCACACCAGGCCAACUACCAGCGCGUCCUGGCCCUGCGCCAGACAGCUGACGCCCUGGACUCCCAGGUCAAGUCAACUCUGAGCCUGCUUGCCGAUACGCGCAGAGAGCUCAUCGCCACGCCCGUCACCCGCCCCGCCUCCAAUGCCCGCGAUGUAAGCACCGCAGAGCUGCUAACCUACGCCAAACACAUUGGCAAGUUCACCGUGCCACCCAAUUUCCGCCCCCCGCCGCGCAAAGAGGACGCUGCUGCGUCCGCGCAAGACAAGCCCGACGAAGACGCCGCCAUGGCGAACGGCGCUGCUGCGGCCCCCGAAUCUCAACAGGCCGAUGUUGCUGCUGUUCCCGAGGAGACUCGUACCAUGGCUACUCUUAACGCGGAGCAGAAGGCCUGGCUAGCCGGCCUGGGCGCUCUGCCGUGGUUUCCAUGGCCGACAGAAGACAAGAUCCGCCAGGGUGCGCUCGGUCAGAUUCAAACAAUGGUGGAGCAGGGCAAGGACCCCACAACUGUACUUUCGCCCGAGGAGCAGGAGAAGCGGGCAAGAGAGGCCGCGGCAGAGGAAGAGGAGCAACGUCAGGAGGAGGAGAGGCGCAGGGCCGAGGCUGAGCAGAGACGCAGAGAUUUGCAUGCCUCACAAAAUAGGCCUGACGGACAGGGCGAGCAACCGGCCGUCUUCGGAGGUCUGGAUCUUUACUAA